UCUUCAGAUAGAGUGGAAGAGAGAAAGAGAAAGAGAAAGAGAAAGAAAGAGAAAGAAACGUCGAUGUGAGAGAGACUGGCUGCUCCCGUACUAUCCCAACCACAGCCAGGGACUGAACUGUAACUGAGGUGCUGAAUGUGGAGUAAAUGCAGAUGUUGAGAAACAUCUUGAAUUGGGGAAGAAAUUACUUGCUGCUGGACAGCUAGCUGAUGCUUUAUCGCAGUUUCAUGCUGCAGUAGGUGCUGAGCAGAGUGGAAUUAGCUCAGAAACCUGACUCAUCCAUCUGCUUUUCUUCAAAUAUUUUUAACUUCUUUCGUCUUGCUCUUUAGUCUCACUCUCAUUCUUUGUCUAAGAUGGUGACCCAGACAACUAUGUUGCUUAUUAUCGGAGAGCUACUGCCUUUUUAGCUAUGGGCAAAUCAAAAGCAGCACUUCCUGAUUUAACUAAAGUGAUUGAAUUGAAGAUGGAUUUCACUGCAGCAAGAUUACAGAGAGGUCACUUAUUACUCAAACAAGGAAAACUUGAUGAAGCAGAAGAUGAUUUUAAAAAAGUGCUCAAAUCUAAUCCAAGUGAAAAUGAAGAAAAGGAAGCCCAAUCCCAACUUAUAAAAUCUGAUGAAAUGCAGCGUUUGCGUUCACAAGCCCUUGAUGCUUUUAAAAACUCGGAUUAUAUUGCUGCUAUAAUCUCCCUUGAUAAGAUUUUGGAGGUUUGUGUUUGGGAUGCUGAACUACGGGAACUUCGAGCUGAGUGUUAUAUAAAAGAAGGGGAACCUAGGAAAGCGAUAAGUGACUUAAAAGCUGCAUCAAAAUUGAAGAAUGACAAUACCGAGGCUUUUUAUAAAAUCAGCACACUAUAUUUUCAACUAGGAGACCAUGAACUGUCCCUCAGUGAAGUUCGUGAAUGUCUUAAACUUGACCAGGAUCAUAAAAGGUGUUUUGCACACUAUAAACAUGUAAAGAAACUCAAUAAGCUGAUCGAGUCAGCUGAAGAGCUCAUCAGAGAUGGCAGAUACACAGAUGCGACCAGCAAAUAUGAAUCUGUUAUGAAAACGGAGCCUAGUGUUUCCGAAUAUACAAUUCGUUCAAAAGAAAGGAUUUGCCACUGCUUGUCUAAGGAUGAGAAGCCUGUUGAAGCUAUUCGAGUGUGUUCUGAAGUUUUACAGAUGGAACCUGACAAUGUGAAUGCUCUCAAGGAUCGAGCAGAGGCCUACUUAAUAGAAGAAAUGUAUGAUGAAGCUAUUCAGGAUUACGAAACGGCUCAAGAACACAAUGAAAAUGACCAGCAGAUUCGGGAAGGUCUGGAGAAAGCACAACGACUAUUGAAACAGUCACAGAAAAGAGAUUAUUAUAAAAUCUUGGGGGUGAAAAGAAAUGCCAAAAAGCAGGAAAUCAUUAAAGCAUACCGAAAACUAGCAAUGCAGUGGCACCCAGAUAACUUCCAGAAUGAAGAAGAAAAGAAAAAGGCUGAGAAAAAAUUUAUCGACAUUGCAGCUGCUAAAGAGGUCCUCUCUGAUCCAGAAAUGAGGAAGAAGUUCGACGACGGAGAAGACCCCCUGGAUGCGGAGAGCCAACAAGGAGGUGGUGGCAGCCCUUUCCACAGAAGCUGGAACUCGUGGCAAGGGUUCAAUCCCUUCAGUUCGGGCGGACCUUUUCGAUUUAAAUUCCACUUCAAUUAAACCCGCUGGCUUUUUCCUCUUCCUUAAUUUUUUUAAAGAUUAAAAACAAACCUUGUUCCAGGAUCCUAAAGAAAAAAAUUUCAAAUCUUUUAGUUUGUCCAUGACCAAAGAGUUGUUUUAAUAAGAAAAAAUCUGUUCUCCAUUUUAGACUUGAGCUGGAUGGGUCUUAGGGCAGGGAGGCGAGGAGUGUGGGGCGGGGCUGCGGCAGGCGCACCUGGGCAGGCGCACGCGUUCCGGGUCCUGUGCUGGGGCACGCGGACACUGUUCUUCGCAGCCUUGCAUAGUGCCUGCCUGUGUGUACAGAAGGAGCUGUGUGCAAUCUUCAUGAGUGUGGGUUAUAUUUCAGUAUUCUUAAAGAGAAUAUUAACAUUUUGAGCUGUAUGUUCUUAGGGACAAUUUUGCUUAGAUUUUGCACUUGCACAUAUUUGUUAAAAUGACAGAGCCUCCUUUAAUCCACAUGCAUUUCCAUCUCCCUACCAGCGUGAACGUGGCUGUCACUGAAGGGGUGUAGGGCUCCUGUUUCAGAGAACCUGCUACCAAAUGGUGGUCGAUGUGGCCAGGUUUGGACUUUGGAUUAAUGUUAAGCAUAUAUUUUGUAUUUCUGUUGCUGUUCAGUACCUGCAAGACAGUACUAAAAACCACUGAAAUAGAAUAAUUGUAAAAGCUAUAGGCCCUUUUGUUUACUAUGAAACACAACAAGUUAACAAAGUUAUGUAUAAAAUGAGUUCAGGUAAUAUAGCAGUGGUUUUAUUUAAAUUAAUUUUGCUGAAGUGCAGGCUGAAAUUGUGAGUUGAACAGUUUCCUAUAACAGGAUUGUCUUAGAAAUAUAGUUGCUCAGUUAACACAAACAAAUGUCCUCUUUCCCUUUUAAUCCCUCCAGUGGGGCAGCUUCUCUUACCUCCUGACCGACCCUCCUAGACUGCAGCAACUCCCACGUGGCGCCUGUUUCAAGUGGGCGUUAAACGCCGGGCUGCCCCUUAAUCAGGCCUCUAUGCCUCUAUGUUCUCCUGCCUGAGAAAAAUACAGGUUUACAAAUCUAGUCAGCUCUGGCUGCAUUUCCACUAUCGAGACGGCAUCUCUUGAAUUCCUUCUUCGUACCUUUUUAAGAAUUGGUCAUUUUUUCCCUAAGAAAUGUUACUUUAAUCAAGAACAUUAAAUAUUUAUGGAACUAUUGAUACUGCAUUUAAAAUCUAAGAGAAUUACUUUAGAUAAGAAUUAGUAUCUUUAUUCUGGAAAGGUUUUUCUGUUUGCCUCAAAGCAUGUUGAAGUAUUUGAAGCAAUACGAGUCAAAUAUAUUGUUUUUUUUUUUUAAAUGAAAUCAAGCAUCUUAAUCUUAGUUCUAGGAGGCAUCCUGACCAGUAAUGUCCUCAGCAGCCAAGCACAAAUCAUUUUCUUCUGUAGUCAUUCUGAAACAUAUGUGGAAAAAUAUUUUUAAGCUGGGAGACAAAAUCACAGAGUUGAGUUGCGUAAAACACAGAAGCGCUUUUUGAAUCUAUUUAGAAGUCUACUUACCAAUAAACUUAACAGUGCAUUUGAAAACUAGUGAACAGCUUGCAGCUUUCAUUUUGUUUUACUGUCUCAAAAUUCAAGGUAGUGUGAAAUUAAUUUCCAAAGGAAAUUCAUUUUCAUUUAAUCAGUAAUCUCAUUACUUCAUUAGUUAUAUCAAUUUUUUUUUCAGUCUGGUUCUUUUGCAUAUGAUCACUGUGACCUCUUUGAAAUCUAGCAGUAGCCUCUGCCUACUUUCACUUGCCCUUCCAUUCGGAGGCGAGGAUGAAAAGUUGCAACAAGGAGCCAGAGGGAGUCAGGAGGGCGAGGGCCACGUGGGAGCGUCCGGGACACGGCUGCCUCGCUGCCUGCCAGUGCUGCCCAGAGGGUUGUUCGUAUUAUUAUUUUUUCUCCACUUGUAAAAACUGAUUCCUGUUUAUAAAGUCUUACCAUGGAUUUAGUCAACAAAUGUGCAGUUACUUGCCUGUUUUCAGUGGAGACAGAGUAAAAGCUAUGAGUGCCAGAGAGAGAAAUUCUUUGGAAUUUGUUAUUUUGGUGAUUAAUGAAGAAAACAAUGACCUUUAAAUUCCAGCCUUGAUGGGCAUCAGCAAUCUUCUGGCAUGCACCUGGACAGAAGGACGGUCACUCCACGUUUCCUUCCGUGACUGAGAAAUAAGUGGGUGUGUGAGGGACAGGCAGGCUCCUUCCGGCCUGGUGGAGAGCACUGUGCAAUGCACAGGUGACCCAAAACAUUCGACUGGUUCGGGGCUAUUUUCACUGACCACCUCUAGUCUCUUCGGUAACCUUUCUGGAAAAGUGAAUUCAGAGGGGCACGUCCCCUUGCCUGUAUUGUAGUCCCUUCCUAAACGCCUGCCUUCUCGGUGAGCUCCGUAAGGGAAGUAUUUAGUAGUACAUUGUGGAUCUUUUCCACAGCAGCAAGUAUUAAACACACCGGCCUAUAAAUGUGAAAGAGUUCUAAAAAGAGAGAAUAAAUUAAUUUAUUGCCCACUCCUGAAAGUUUGUGCUUUCUUACCAUGGAUAAAUGAAAACCACUUCAGUAGUUUACUGAUAUGAAUUGGAUAUAACAUACUACUAAUUUUUAAAUUUUUUUUUAGUAAAUAUUAAAAGUUUAUUUUAAACAUCAGCAUGGAAACAACUUUUUGGGACUGUGAUAAUGGAAUAUAAGCUACCCACAAAUUUUGUAAAAGAAAAACACUGAUAACCAAGUAGGAAAAAAGCUAAUAGAAUCACAGUUUGAAAUUGGCAGCAUUUUCUGUUCAUGGUGGAAAAUGAAAGAUUCGCCUUUGAAAGGUGUGAAAUUGGUCAAAAGUUGUGUGUGAGAUUUACCAUGAAAACAAUGCAUGAGAUGCUCAAGUUAAAAGUGAUUAAGUUCAAAGCAAUGGUUCCUCAGUCAGGGUUUUGUUGGAGCCGACGGCCCUACAGGCUCAGGGCACUGUGCCGGCUUUGCAGAGUGCUGAGUGCCAUCAGUAGUAUAACCUGGAGAUUCAGGUUGGUCCAACGUGAUGAAUUUUCCAUACUGGUAAAGGGAGAAGUCUAAUGCUAAUUUGUCAACACAUUAUAUCCUUAUUCUAAAUCAGAUCAUUCCUUUUAAAGUAGCAGAGUUUAUUCUGUAAUCGCAAAUAAUGUUAAUAGGUGGGGAUAAUUUUUUUAUGGAUCUCAUUUGCUGAGUGAUUUAAGAGUAAAAUUAGCCACUGAGUGGCCUUGUGUAUAGUUAACAGGUCUUGUUGAAUCAUCUGUGGUUGAACCUCUCACCUGCAGUGGAAAGCAGAGCACGGAGAAUGUAAACUAGAGAUGUUUGGAAGUGAAAAUAUUUCUCCUACUGUAAGGCUAUAUAGUUGGCUUUGAAUGAGAAAACGAAGUAACUUAAUCCAUCUCGAUUUAGUGUUUUAAUUAAAAAAACUGAAAAUUAAUUGAAAUGGGUCUCAGACAUGUCUACACAUAUGGGUACUAUUUUUAUGCCCUUGUAUUUUCACAUUUAAUAAAAAUAUUUA